GAGCGCAAUACUAGUUGUGACGCCAUCUUAUUGCGACGGACAAAUUGCACUUCCGUAAUUGGAGGUUGCGAACGAAGGGAUCGGCGCAGUGAGAAACGUGUACAUCUUAGUCAAUAACGCAGUUAAACUUUAUUCCUACAUAUAAACGUCCGUAACCGUGUUCUCAAGAGUACAUAUUUGGACCAUAGUUAUAAUUUUUCAGGCUAAUGCCAGCACGCGGAUUUGGGCCCCGUUUAAUCUCCGAGUGGUCUGCAUUGUUUUGGUCAGUGACGUCAAACUAAGAGGCUACGCUAACUCAAGUAAAGCUAUGGCUUCCAGGCGGGCAGGUUAUACGAGCAGCGAGGAUUCUCCUUCGUCAAAUAGUGGCAACCGCAAAGCAAGUACCAACAACAUUCCUGACAGGACUGUGGUGGAAUCCUGCUACGAGCGCAAACCAGACAAGGUGGUAUACGGCAGCGUGAGUGUAACAUCGCUGAAAUCCCGCCUUGCACCGACCAUUCAAUCUGCCAUGUCGGCUGCAGUUGAUACUCUCCUGGGCGAAGUGGCGCUUGUGCUCAACGAGACUCAUCAAGAUUUGCUGCACAAGGAACAAGAAAACGAGAGGCUCAAAGUGCGCCUGGAGGUAUCGGAGAGGGAGCUGAAGACGAUGCAGGAUUGUCUGUGCAGCGCUCAGAAGCUCAUAGACCAGCUUCAGAUCUCAUACAGCGGCCCUCAUAACAUUGUUCAGUCGGUUUUCGCUUCAUCGCUGUCCUCCAUGCCGGCAGACGUGGACCGGGACCAUCCAAACUCUCGAAACGGUGGAGCCGGCGUCGACUUGGGUCUCAGUGGUUCCAUGGAUAACUCGCUUCAUGGGUUUGAGCCAAGAGAUGACUACAAGAUGUGCCAGCUGUCUAUUCAACCUGAUGGUUCCGUGACCAACCACGCUCUGGACUCCUUUGCGGCAGACGCAUCUCACAUGUGCGCUGACGCCAACAGAUCAGAGGCGAGGCCGUCUCAGAGGCCAGGCGAAGCGGGCGGCUUUGAGAUUAAAGUGGAGCAGGGACAAGCGCCGAGCUCCAGUCAAAGCAACAGGAAGGACGCAGUUGGCGUUGGCGAGCAGCCGUCGCACACCGUGGGCUAUGUUCAAGUCGGGGAUGGGGGAGAUUCCCAGCGUACCUUCACCCAACCUCUGCGCCACCAAAGGCCUGUUCGAGAAUGCAGCAGCGCCCCGCAGCAGCGAAUGACGGACGGACAAAAGCCACCGGCGAGGACUUCGGGACCUGAACGGGGUCACGGUGUUUCACCGGGUCGAGCGCACGAGUCGGCGGGACCUUCGGGAGCCGACGCGGCCGUCGAGCCUUCCGGAGAUCGCCCUCACCACUGCUUGGAGUGUGGAAAGACAUUCCGUCUGAUUUCCAGCCUGAAGAAGCACAUCCGCAUCCACACGGGAGAGAAGCCGUACCCUUGCAGCGUCUGCGGCCGCUGUUUCCGCGAAUCGGGCGCCCUCAAGACUCACCUGCGGAUCCACACCGGGGAGAAGCCGUACUCGUGCUCCGAGUGCGGCAACUGCUUCCGGCACUUGGACGGCCUGCGCAAACACCGGCGCACGCACACCGGGGAGAAGCCGUACGUGUGCGCCAUCUGCGGCAAGCGCCUGAGCCGCCUGCAGCACCUCAAGCACCACCAGCUCAUCCACACGGGGGAGAGGCCGUGCUGCUGCCCCUUCUGCAACCGCAGCUUCAAGGAGCCCGCCGCGCUGCGCAAGCACGUCCGGACGCACCGCGAGGAGGGCGGCCACGUGGCAAUGGCCGCCACCGCCGACGCCAUCGAUGACGUGAACAACCUUCACCCGGCCGCGCCGUCCCCGCAAAUGAGGUUUGAGGAGUGGGGGGCGGAAGAGGAGGAGAAUGCGGUUGUCGACUGCGUGUAGAGACCUAAUUACUCCGAAAACGUGGGUCUAUAUUGAAUCUGGAAGCUCUGAAAAUUCAGUUUGGCACCACGGAUGUUUUGAAAGACAAAAAAAAAAUAAUAAUCUUUGCCCAUAUCAAUUGCAACAGAAAAAAAUGUAUUUACAGGCUGAGUCAACCAACGUGGCGAAACCUUUUCCUUCAAUGACACUUUUGAUGUUGUGAUUUGACUUUGAACAAUAGUGAAGUGAGGAAAAGGGGAAUUAUUGGCAGCUGAUUGUGGAGCUAUAGUCGAGAACAAAAAUCCAUCCCUUCAUUUUUCUAUUGCACUUAUCCUCAUUAGGGUCACGGAUGAGCUCAAGCCUCCACCGUGAAAAGAACGUGUGUGUGUGUGUGUGUGUGUGUGUGUGUGAACCUGUUUUUGGGUCCCCUGGCACUUUCCUAUUUUAUAUUCUUCGGUAUUGUUAAUAGUUCGCAUGAAGUUCACACAGUAUUGACGUGAUCUGCUAUGUGACAAAACCUGGAGCAGAUAUUAACCAACGGUUAAAAAAAAAUACAUUUGAAAGUGCCUUGCUUGAUUUAAAAAUGAUCCAUCAGUGCUGCUACUGAAUGUAAUUCUCACGUGGCAGGACUCUGGUCGUGAGCUGCACGUGGUUAUGAAAUUCUGGAAUUAGAUUUGACUGGCAACCAUUUUAAGAAGAGUCAUUCUUAUUCCGAGUGACUCCAACAACUCUGGUCACAAAUAUGAAAUGAUUUUAAAAAAAUGUAAUGACUGCAAAGCUUACAGGGUACUUGAGGCAUUAUUUAUUGAUCAAUUACUUAUUGUGGCUGGAGUCAGUAAGAUAUUAUAUAUAAUACACACAAAAUGUCUUCAUGUAGACAAUAAUCAGCUGUGAGCAAAUAUGAAAGAGGCAAAAUGACACAUUGGCCAACCUUUCUGAUGCACUUUUUGUAAAUAUGGCUGUAAAUGUAACUGUUGUGUCUAUUGAAUUGAUGGUUCUUGUUAAUGUGCGUUUUUGUUUUGUUCAUAUUUAAAACGCAUGUUUCUCCCAUAUAAUCUCUGUCUUCAGCCUUCAAACAAAACAGCCCCCAAAAUAGAUCGCAAUACAUCUCCUUGCCCUUUUGCUGUACUAUAUAACUAAACUAAACUAUAAGCAUUGUAUUAAUCUUAUCUUCAUGAAAGACGCCCCAAAUGUGAAAUGUUUGUCGUUGUAUACGCACAGUUUGCCAUGGUAGCUUUGCCUCGAUAAUGCUGUAGGUUUGUAUCCCCCCU